AUGGCGUCGUUUCGUAAUGAGCCGAGUACAACAGGAAAGGUGUUGGUCUAUACAUCGAAAGGGCCUUUGGAAAUUGAGUUGUGGUGUCGUGAGUGUCCGAAAGCUUGUCGUAACUUUAUUCAGUUGUGCAAGGAUGGUUAUUACAAUGGCUGCCAGGUGCACCGGAUUAUCAAGGGCUUCAUAUUGCAGACUGGCGACCCGACGAACACUGGCUUUGGAGGAGAGUCCAUAUACGGCCCGCAGGGUUUCCCUGUGGAGACGCAUGGCCGCCUCUUAUUUCGGUAUCGAGGUCUGGUAGGUAUGGCGACAAAGGACGAAACCGCUGCAAGAGACGUUCGCGAAGAGCUGUCGGCAGCUAGAGAAGGGACUGCUCGCGUGAGCAAGACCAACGGGUCACAGUUCUUUAUUACGCUCGAUCGCUGUGACGGCCUGAAUAAGGAUAUGACCUUGUUCGGCAAAGUGGUUGGAGAGUCGCUGUGGAACCUGAGUGCACUCGCCGAUUGUGAGAUCGACCCCGAGACCGACAAACCUUACUACCCGCCUGUUAUCAACAAGACCGAGGUCAUUCAGGACCCUUUCGGUUGCAAAGCCCGAAAAACUGAACCCGACAAGCCGUUGCAUGACCCAAAGCAGGAGGCUCAGACGGAACCAAUCACGCAGCAAGAGGUUCAGCGAAAAAUCAACUCCAGGUUUCAGCAACUCGCUCAGUCAAAACCCUCAUUCCUAUCCUUCAACCCCGACGACCUCCUCGACGACGAUCUCCUCGACGACGAUCUCCUCAACGACGAUCUCCUCGACGACGAUCUCCUCAACGGCGACCUCGCAGAACAACACCUGUCUCGCGACGGGGACGGUCGUCAAGACACAAGAGGGCAGCACAGUGGAAGGGGCUUGAAACUUGCCUCCAUAAAUGAUUUGGUUAACAAAUUACAGACAACAGAAACGAAGGAACAAGUAGAUGAAGAACAAGUAGAUGAAGAACAAGUAGAUGAAGAGACGCAAAGAAUGCUGCGGCUCAUAGAGGAAAAGAGUCGGGAGGUUGCUGACUUGCGAGAGCGGCUUCGAACAAGCGGUGGCGAUGCAACGGUCGGUCUUAUUGAAUCUCCACAGCGGCGCGGGCAGAACGACAUCCCAGGUCAGCACUCUCAAGACCAGCAAGGGUUCCCAGACCGGACCUCCCCGGAGGGGGCCUCUCCACACGAGAGGUCUCCGAAUAAGGUCCUUCCACAGGGGAGAUCGGACGGUGGCUUUCCACAGCAGUUGGAGAGGGAGUUUAAGGACUCGGAUUCCGUGGUGGAGGAUGCGAGUUAUAGGAAGCAGGAUGUCGAAAAGUUGGUGAUAAAAAAGGGGCUUGGGAGUCGUAAGCGGCUGGAGGUCGAGGCCGCCAACGUACAAGACAACGACCUGUAUGCUGACCCCCGGGAGCGGAUCAAGCGUCUCCGGCAGCAUCAAGGCAAGUUGCACGGACGGAAGGAAAAAGCGGCGCAGCAAAAGCUUGCUGACUUCCAAAAUAGGCUGCGCAAUGCCGGCAGGCCAGGCGAUUGGUUCUCGGAAAGACUCAAUUUCCCAGUGGACUCCUCCAACGCCUACGACCAGGCCGCAGACUGA